UGGGUAUAUAACCUCGAAACCGCUCCUAGCCAUUCCGAUGCUGGGAAAAUCAUCGCCAUCGCUUCUGUGUUCUCAGGUAUUGCCAUACUCGCCGUGGCCAUCCGCUUCACUCAGAGGGUGACGGUAGUCAAGACCCUUGGACUGGAUGAUUAUUCCGCUUUGGCAGGCGCACUCCUCGGCAUCGGGUACAGCACCAUCGCAAUCUAUCAGACGAGAUGGGGUUUGGGUCUCAACGCCGUCGACUUCCCUCUGACCAACGCGGUCCCGUUCAGUAGAGUACAAUAUGCGGGCGGGCCGAUCUACUGCCUUGCUCUUCUGGGUUUCAAAGGCUCCCUAUUGACGUCGUACCUGCGUUUGGCAGGCUUUAAUUCGACGUACAGACGCAUUCUGUAUGCUGUGCUCGGACUGGUCGUCGCUAAUCAGCUGAUUUACACGUUCCUGCUGUCCUUCGCUUGUCGACCGGUUGCAAAACAAUGGGAUCCGACACUGCCUGGCACCUGCAUCGAUCAGCUUGCGUCAUACUUCGGUCUCGGUGGAUCCAGCCUUGGCUUCGACAUCCUGAUUAUCCUUCUACCGUUCCCUAUCCUUCAGCGGCUGCAGCUCAGUCUCGGUAAGAAGCUGGCGGUGGGGGGACUCUUUGCACUUGGCUUCUUCGUGUCCAUCAUCCAGAUCAUCCGCAUGCGUACCAUCGCUAAGCUGGUGCACUACACCGACUCCCAAUCGAUCAUUAUCUGGUCGAUCGUGGAGAUCAACCUUGGCGUAUUCAUCUCCUGCGUUCCAACCUUCGCGCCCUUGCUCAAGCGCUUUGGAGAGAGGGUAAGCUCAGGUUACCGAUCCCAAAGCGGUCGGCCAUCCAAG